GAAUAUUAGAGACGCGGAAAUACAUCUGUAGUGCUACUCAAGUCUAAUGUCUGCGAAUUCUGGACCUAAUGAGUUGUUUUCAACAUUUUAUGAAGAAGUCAAGGCUAUUGAGAAACGAGAUUCAGUAUUAACCCCGAAGCAACAAAUAGAUAGACUUAAUCGGCCUGGAUCAACUUAUUUUAAUUUGAAUCCAUAUGAUGUUUUACAAGUGGAUCCUGAUGCAGCAAUGGCUGAUAUAAAAAAGAAAUACAGACAGCUAUCUCUGCUUGUACAUCCGGAUAAAAACCCAGAUGAUAUUGAAAGAUCUCAGAAAGCCUUCGAAGCUGUAAACAAGGCUUACAAGACUCUGGAUGACCCCGAAACUUCCCGCAAAUGCAAAGAAGUAGUGGAGGAAGCGAAAGAUCUUGUUGAACAAAUGAUGAUUGAGAAACGGAAACGUGUUAAAAAGACAAGCGGAUCUAUUACGAUUGAAGAAGAUGACCCUGAAAAGCGGCGUCAUGCCAUAUAUGUGCAAACAUGCAAACUGUUCGCUGAUCUUGAGAGAUUAAGGGUGGAAGAAGAGCAAAAACAGUGUUCAGAAAGAAAACGCAAAGCUGAAGAGGAGGAGGAAGGAAGAAAACUCAUGGCGUAUGACAAAGAGUGGAAAAAGAAUUAUGAAGAAAGUCGUGUUAAUCGUGUUGCAAGUUGGCGAGAUUUCAAGGCGAAAAAGUCCAAAACAUCAAAAGGUAUAGGCGGUUUAAAACCACCGAAAACAAAAAUGGAACAAAGACCCGGUUAACAAAACAGGAUCUUCAAUACGUAUAUUUCUAUCCGCUUUGUAGAAAAAAAUAACUAUUUGUAAAAAAGAAGUAUUCUCCUUGCAACUCAUAUUAUUGUCGUACUAGUUAUGUACUAUCAUUUUGAUCACUUCUUGCCCUCUGUGUAUAUGUAUCAUUUCAAAUGAAAACAAAACACUUUCGUAAAUCC